AUGACCAUGUCUUCCUUGCCUCCAGAGACUUUUGGUGUCCGCCUCUGUCUGGCUGAAACUAAUGAGAUGUUUUCACUGCCUCAGUGCCAGAAUGACUUGACUCUGAAGAAGCUUAAGUCCCAUUUAGAAUUAUUGACUGGGAUCCCCCUUCAUUUCCAGCGGCUUCAAUACCUGGAUGAAAUGGAUCUGCUAGAUGAUUCUACAUUUAAGGACAAUGAUAUUGUCCGUGGUGGAACAAUUACAAUGCGUAUCUGGAGACAAGAUGGCUGGGGGCAUCUUGUGGCAGCUGCUGCGAAAGGAGACACUGUGAAGCUGGCCCAUCUGGGAGUUACAGAGGAUUUUCCUGGCAACACACCAUAUGCAGAAAUACUGGGACCAGAGCAGAAAAAGGAAUGGGUAGCGCACCGAGCUUUUGUGGCACUGUUUGUUGCCAGCCACAGAGGUCAUGUUAAAACUGCCACGUUUCUCCUGAGACAUGGUGCGGAUGUGCAUUCCAAAACCCCGCUAGGAAGGACCGCUCUUCACGUAGCUGCUGUCAUGGGCCGCUGUGACUGCAUUGAGCUGCUCCUUAGCUGUGGGGCACAAGCCCUUGACCCAGAUAGCGAGGGACAAACGGCAGUGAGCCUCGCCCGCCUGUGGGGCCAGCAGCAGAGCGAGCGCACGAUGCAGAGGGAAAGGAUCAGUCUCCAGAAGACUUUAGUGAGGAUUCGUUAAUGAGCUUUGGGAUCCUCACACGAAGGAACAGGGAGGUCAUUAUGAAGAAGAAAAGGCAUCAAAAAUGCCUUGAGUCUAAUUAGGCCCAAGGCAGGACAAAUGUCACAACUGUCUCCUAAUAUUAAGAAAACCAAAGCAACUCUUUUGGAAGGACUGUGAUUCCCCUGGAUGCAAAAGGCACUCCUUGUAGAUGGCUGCUGCAGAAGAGAAAGGCCUGUGCUGUUGCCACAAGUGAUGCGCUAAGAGGACAUGCCUACUGGUGAAUGGAUGCACCUACGAAGGAGCAGUACUGCAGUGCCUGUGUUGCAGCCUCAAUUUUGAGGCACCUUGCUGCUUUGUAUCCCGAGGCUGUCAGAUGGGAACUGAAGCAGAAGAGAGUGACUGUUGUGGCCAAAGUCACACUAGGAGUUCAUGGAAUUGCAUCCUGAUCUUUGAAGUCCAAUUCCAGUAUCUUUACCGUAUAUUGUCUUUCUGUUCCCUUGCUGCUGAAUUUUGGACAGAUAUGGCCCUGCCUGCAAGUAACAGCUUGAUUACAGGACCCUGGGAGCCAGCUGAAGUCUACAUUCAGAGCUCUUUCUUAGAAGCACGGACUCGGGGAGGCUCACGAUGGAAGUCCACCUCUGCCAGAUACUGCCUCCCCGAAUGCUGAGAUGCUGUCCAUAAGAUAGUGUGUGACGGCCAGCUGAAGCUGUGGCAGUUCGUGGAUGGAGGAGAGGAAAAGACAAGUGCUUCACAACUCUCUUCAUGAAUACAACUCCCAGCUUCUCUGCAAACCUUGUGCUAGAGCAAGUGUUGAUGUGUGAGCAGCCUGAAACCCUAAGGUCAAAAAUAUCUCCAAAUCAUCUGACUUGGACAAUGGACAUCGGACUUGGACAAUUUGGCAAUGUCCAUUUCCCGUGUUGUGUUUCACUGGUGCAACAUGA